AAUUUUAGACAUUAUAUUCUAAGGUACGUAAUUAAAAAUAAUUUGGCAUACUUAAUUCAUCCUAUUUCUUUCUGUAUUAUGCAUGUAAAAUAACUUGAAUCUGCUCUCCCCUGAGGUAAUAUACACAAAGCAGAAUUAAGGCUCUCUGGACACUGUUGCUAUCUGAUUUAUUUGACUUUAUUUUGAUUUAUUUCUAAUAGUUGGAUUAAAUUAAUGGCACAAUAACUGCAAUAUUUCCGACAGCACCUGAAGGCAGCAUAAUGUUACAACUACAUUCGAGAGCGAAACCUGUGGUAGGCGGGGUGAGGGGGACGGGACGUUGAACGACCAGACAGGGAUACGAUUCGAUACAGUGGUGAGUACUAGCAAGGAUGACGAUGCCGCACGUAGGGGCAGUAUUUGGAGCAAUAGCUGGAGUGAUGGCCAUCAUGUUGCACUCCUCUAUUCACAAGAUAGAAGAAGGACACCUUGCUGUGUACUACAGGGGUGGAGCAUUGCUGACUUCUCCCAACGGACCUGGAUAUCACAUUAUGCUGCCUUUCAUUACCACCUACAGAUCAGUGCAGACUACUCUCCAAACGGAUGAGAUUAAGAAUGUGCCUUGUGGAACGAGUGGUGGUGUGAUGAUCUAUUUCGACAGAAUAGAAGUUGUUAACAUGCUCGUGCCUUUAGCAGUGGUGGAAAUUGUGAGGAACUACACGGCAGAUUAUGACAAAACUCUCAUUUUCAACAAGAUUCACCAUGAACUCAACCAGUUCUGCAGUGUACACACAUUACAGGAGGUCUACAUUGAGUUGUUUGACAUAAUAGAUGAGAACCUGAAGACUGCUUUGCAGAAAGAGCUUACUGUUAUGGCUCCUGGACUCACAAUACAGGCAGUUCGUGUUACCAAGCCAAAGAUCCCUGAAUCUAUCAGAAGGAACUUUGAACUCAUGGAAGCAGAGAAGACUCGUUUGUUGAUCACAGCACAGACUCAGAGGGUGGUGGAAAAGGAAGCCGAGACUGAGAGGAAGAGGGCCAUUAUUGAGGCUCAGAAAGUGGCUCUGGUAGCAGAGAUCCAGUUCCAACAGAAGGUGAUGGAGAAAGAGACGGAGAGGAGGAUCUCUGAAAUUGAGGAUUCUGCCUUCUUGGCGAGGGAGAAGGCUAGGGCUGAUUCAGAAUUUUACUCUGCUGAUAAGUUUGCUGAAGCAAACAAGGUGAAGUUAACCCCAGAGUACUUGGAGCUGAUGAAAUUCCAGGCCAUAGCAGGUAACAGUAAGAUCUACUUUGGCCAGGACAUCCCCAACAUGUUUGUAGAGGGAACCAACAGCCACCUGAAGUCUGCACGCUCCCCACACAAUCAGCCAGACUUGCUUAAAGCGAAGGCAGAGGGACAGUGAGUCCACAGCUCUGCCUCUGCACAGGACAGUAGAACCUGAUGAAGAAUUGUCUUGUCUGUGAGGUGGUGAGCAAUGAACUGAAGAUGAUAGGUGGGAUAGCUUUGCAGCUAGUUUGGUGAAUAAUGCACUAAAUGUCAAAGAAGGAACGUUUGAGGACAAGCAGAAGUGAGAGCUAGAAAAAGGCAAGAUAAAAGGGAACGCUUUUUUAUUUUUUACCUUCCACUCUUUGGUGGAAGGCAAGUUUUAGGAAUGAGAAUGAUGCCAUAGUUAAAAAUCAACAGCAUACUUAAUGCUUAUGCCUGGGAAUUUACAUGUGCUUGCAAUCAGUGCAGUGCUUAACUUUGCUGUUGGAUCUGCAUCCAUGUUGUAUGCAAGAGGAGUGAUUUGUGAUGACAUUUUUUUUUGAGAAUUAACUUCUGGUUGAGCAGAACUGGAAUCUAACAGGUGACACUAAUUAUUGAAAAGCGGUAUGUAGAUGGGCUAAGUGUAACGUGGGUAGGUCAUCGCUGUGCCAUCUUCUCUUACACUAGAGCACUGGUCGGCUCUUCUCUCUCAACAUGAGUCAGUGUGAGGAAGGUUUAAUCACACCUCAUAUCCAAUGCUGCUUGUGGAUGAACUUAAAGUAGUAGUGAGCAUUGUACAUUAGUCGUGUACAACAUUUCCAGUUGGCUGAAAUCAUACCAACAUAAAAAGUGAGCUGUGAAAGAUUUUCUUUUUAUAAACCAUAGGAAAAAUUUGGCUUGACUUUGUUAAGUUUUCACCUGAGUUUGCAUAAAGUUAGUUACUAUCCUUUUAGAUACUCAAGUUUUUGAAGGUGGAGGUCUGUCAUCGUGUAUUCAGAGUUGAUAUAGUUAUUAUAUAGUGGUGUCAGAUUGGUAGUAAUGUAGUUUAUUUUCUGUUAGCUUGGUGGUAGUUUGCCGUUACUAGUUGUGGUUGAGGGCAGCCUCCUCAGAAAUACUUGAGAUGCUUUACUAAAAGCCGCUGUGGCAUUUACUGUGAGAGAAAAUAAUCGAGUGCUGCCAAUAGGGAAUCAGAAUUUGUCCUCUGAACGCUAAUUUAAGUUGAUUUAAUAAUUAAAAGUUAAUUAUUAUGGGAACCUAAAGCAGUUGAGUUAUAGUGCCACAGGAGGAAGUCGUGAUUUGUAUUUCAAGACGUCAGCGCAUCUUUCUUUCCUCCAUCUGGUUUUGAUUAUUAGAGGCGUCCAUGCAUGUGGAAAUGUGUAGUGGCUUGAUUCCGAUGAUUAGUAGCGCCUGCAAUUGUCUGCCAACUCUGUUAUGCAGCUUGUUCAGAUGUGGGGAAAUGUAAGUACUCAGGAAAUUGACUUUUUGGCUCAAUGUUGGACAAUGCUAAAAAAAAUAGGAAAAUGUGCAGGAAGUUCAAAUCUGUCAAUUGCAUCUGGCGACACAAGUUGGAACAGUAAAACAAGACAAUAACUAUUUGAUUUGAGGACAAACAAAGCGGAUUUCAUUUCAAUGGAAUCAAACUUUGUGUAUUCUGCAAAAAUUGAAGGUGACAUUUUUAGUGCACCGUUAUUGUUUUAUUGCACCAUCUAUCUGCAGUGGUUAUGAAUACAAUCUUUGACAGUAAAUAUUUUGAGCAUGUUGGUGUGUCAAAGUACAAAAAAUAUAAACCACGUCAAGUUUGCAUUUUUCUGUAAUUCAAGAAUUGAUGAACUGCAACGUUUUUCAUUCUUUGCUAAACAAGAUAAUGUUAAUGGCAACGUGCAGCUCUGAUUACAGUAUGAACGUACUCUUGAAGAAGAAUUUGUUGAACCUCGGAUCAGUUUUGUGUGACGAUGAGUUCCAGGACAACAAGAAGCUUUGCAUUAUUAAAAGAUGAGAAGUUUGGACUUAAAUACGAUGCAAGUUGGUGCUAGUUUUUAUUGUGUGUUUAAGCUUUUGGAUUUUGUUCAGCUCUACUACAUAAUACUUCCACUAUUCAGAAUGCAAGCCUUAAAUAUUAAUGAGUUACCCCAUACUUAGAGAUUCUUACAAACUGAAAAGCUCCAUUUAAACUUAACUGUGAGACUUUUUAAGAUGUACGUAACAAACUGCAGCCUCACCAUAGACUCUAGCUGAGAAAGACAGAACUAACGGUAGACACUACUAGUGUUCGGAAGAUGUUGUGAUGUUUACUUGACCUAUGAAAGGCCGCACUCAGCAUUUGCUUUGGUGGUGGGUUCAAAUAAAGAUGCAACAGAGGCGAAUUAAUCACUCAUGAAAAUGAUUUUCUUUGUUUUUGUCUAUUUUGUACAAUCUGUGAAAUUCAAACAUUGUCUCCUUGUUUUAAAAGGUUUAUAUGCAAAAAAUGUUUUCAAGUUUUGACAAUGUUCUUAUGUAAAAUAAAACCUAUUUUGGUACCUCUCUUCUCCAA